GCAGCCACAUACAAGUCGGCCAUAUUAGAGAGAUGGAAAUAAAGCUUCCUUAAUGUUGUAUAUGUCUUUGAAGUACAUCCGUGCAUUUUCUUUUUUAGCAUCUAACCAUUCCUCCCUUGCGGUCCCUGGUCCCUCAAUCACCCACUCCCCUAGGUCACCCGCCUCACAUCUCAGUCUCUGAAAAUGCACAGGGAUGCCUGGCUACCUCGCCCUGCCUUCAGCCUCACGGGGCUGAGUCUCUUUUUCACUUUGGUGCCACCGGGGCGAAGCAUGGAAGUCACAGUCCCUGCCACCCUAAAUAUCCUCAAUGGCUCUGAUGCCCGCCUGCCCUGCACCUUCAACUCCUGCUACACAGUGAACCACAAACAGUUUUCCCUGAACUGGACUUACCAGGAAUGCAGUAAUUGCUCCGAGGAGAUGUUCCUCCAGUUCCGCAUGAAGAUCAUUAACCUGAAGCUGGAGCGGUUCCGAGACCGUGUGGAGUUUUCUGGAAACCCCAGCAAGUAUGAUGUAUCAGUGACACUGAAAAAUGUGCAACUGGAGGAUGAGGGCAUCUACAACUGCUACAUCACGAAUCCACCUGACCGCCACCGUGGCCAUGGCAAGAUCUACCUGCAGGUCCUUCUGGAAGAGCCUCCCGAGCGAGACUCCACAGUGGCAGUGAUUGUGGGUGCCUCAGUGGGGGGCUUCCUGGCCGUGGUCAUCUUGGUGCUGAUGGUGGUCAAGUGUGUGAGGAGGAAAAAAGAGCAGAAGCUGAGCACGGAUGACCUCAAGACUGAGGAGGAGGGCAAGACGGACGGCGAGGGGAACGCGGACGAUGGCGCCAAGUAACGGGUGGCCCGCCCUGCAGCCCCUUCCUUGUGUACUGUCUCCUUCCACUCUCUGCCCUGUGUAGUAUGACCCCGCCUGCCCUCUCUUGGUGUGCUUCUCUCAAACAGGACCCUGGGGUUGACCUGGGGCUCUCAUGAACCCCUCACUUCCCUUCUCCCACCCUGCACCAAGAGUGACCCACCUCUCUUCCAUCUGAGAACUGCCAUGGCACCUGGGAUGUGUGGCCCUGGAGAGAGCGGAGAAGGGGCCUUGGCCCUCCAGUCCUCGAGGAGGUGGGGGGCACGUGUGGGGUUCCCAGAGCGAGGAUGAGGAAGGGCAGGCAGUGUGUGUGUGUGUGUGUGUGUGUUUGGGGAGGGGUCAGCUGCCCAGUUUGCCCAGAGUUUGAUCUGGUGGUGACUUCAGAUGGAGCUGGGGGUGAGGAGGUCCUGUGCUGUCCAGAGCCACCUUAGGAAGGUCUUAUGGUGGUUCUGCUGUGCUCUUUAGGGGUGCUCCCAGCCCAGGGCAGCCGCCAGGGCAGGGGUGAGGGUAGGGUCCCCUCAGUUGUGAAGGUGUGGUAAAGGGAUGACUCUGUGUUUCUGGGGUACUCAAGGGAAGCUAGGGAUGAGGUGAACCUGCGCACGGGCCUUGACCCAGGAAGCUCUGCACCGGCUCAUUUCCAUCGCUAGCUGCUUCCUCAGGAGGCUCUGGUUUGCGGUUGGCUACUGACCCCUUGAGGAUGCCAAUGGGCACAGACUGGGAAAGCAGCUCCAGGUAGGGUCCUGGCCCUGGGGACCCACCAACAGGAGACCUGCAACAAAGUCAGCUGAAGGACUGAGGGGAAGGGAUUUCAUGCCCCCAGACUGCUUUCUCCAACAGGGUGACCACCUUCCCCUCGGCCGGCCAGGUGAAGCCAAAGCUCAGAACUGAGGAGGCGCUAACUGUAGAGGGCAGCUUCCCUCAGGCCUUUGUUUGGGCACUUCCAUUUGCCCUCAGCAGGGCUUCCAUCUGGCUUUUGGCAAAAGGAAGGAAAUGAGAGAGGAGGCUCUGAGCCUCAAAGCCCAGCCUUGCAGUUUGCUUUGUAGGGAAGAAAGCAGGUGCCGUGGGGAAGCCAACUUUCACUGCCAUUUUCCUGUCAUUAUAAGGAAGGUGUUUAAACCUGGAGAAAAUGAGAAAGGCAGGGCAGACACUGUCAACUCGAAGAAUACAAUGUUGGAAGACCCUCCGAGGUUAUUUAGCCCAGGCCCUCUAUCACAGAUGGGAAAACAAGGGUGGGGAGGGUGCUCCAAGUGACAGCAAUCGAAGGUCUUUCCCACUUUCUGGCUCCUUCACCACGGGUUUGAGUAAACAGGGAUUCCUGGUGGGAAGGCCUCUUGGGCCCUGGGAGCUGUGUAUGCUGCGUGAGGGUGUUUCUCAAGCCCUGCUUUCCUCCUGGGAGCUCAGCCCCUUACAGGCUCAGGGAGUAAGUUGUCCAGGGUAGGGCAUGAUUGUGGUGGAGACAGGACCAUGAAAGUCUCAGGGACCAAUCCUUGUCUCUGCCCAUCAGAUGGCCAAUUGGGGGAGAGAAUGACAGCAGAUGGGAGGGUCAGCUCAACUCACUGCAACUCAACAAUCAUGUCUUGAGCAUCUUUCUGUGUCAGGCACCAUGCUGGGUCCCAGGGGUGCACACACAAAGCCAUAACAGAGUUGGGACUGCCAGGUCAGCACCACAGGACAAAGUCUUUUUUUUUUUUUUUUUUUUUGUGCCUCUACUUCCAUUGCAGCCACUGCUUCCAGGAUGAGUGUUAGGGGAAAAGGAAAGGACUACUGUAGAGUCUGGGGCUUGGGAAAGUAGGAAAGGAAGGGAGGAGAGAAGGUACCACAGGAGAGGUGUGGAAGCCAGGUAGGGUGGACACCGAUUUGGGGAUGGGCAACCAGUCCGAGAACUCACGGGUGAGUCCAACCCUUCUGGAUAGUCUAAACUCUUUGACUCAGUACCUAACUGCCAAUCAACACACUGCCAAUGGGGGUGGACACCAGGAUGUCUGGAGCAGUUGGAUACUGGCCUAUCCUUCAGGCCGACCGGCUGGGAUUGGCGUGGUAGGUUGUAGGCACCUCAAGCCAGCUAAGACUUGAGAUGAUGGCAAAUUUUGCAGCUUGUGAGUGUCAUUGUUGGUCACCCUAUAUGUGCCCUCCUCUCUCAGGGUGAGCAAGGAUCUACACUCACGUGGGGAACUUUUCUUUUUCUAGGACUUAGAACAUUUAGGUGAGUUACCCACAAGAGUCCCUUGGAUCACUCUAAGAAGUUCUAAGUCUCCUUCAAGAAGCUAAAGACGUUUGGGGUCUUUUCCUUCUCUGGCCUGAUGGAGGGCUCAGAAAAAGCAAUGUCUAGCCAUAGGCCCUGGGCACCAGAGCAGACGGGGCUGAGUCAGGAGCCAUGUCUGCCCAGGUGCUCACCGGUCCUAACACGCACUUUCUUCUCAAGCCUCUGAGGCCCUCCUCUGGGGUCCCCAAGCUGCCUCUCUCCCAGGGUAGUGAGGCUGGGAACAAAAUGGGGCUUCUGUGAGUCGAGGUGGGAAACUGUGAGAUGUUUCCACAAUAGCCAUUGCUCCUGUUUGCUUCCUACUUUAUGCCAGCAAGCUGCUCUGUCACUGCAGUGUGGGCACUGGGCUCCCUUCCGGCUGCAUGCUUCUACCACUGUGCCCUGCUGGUUUCAGUCUGCCUCUCUCUCAACCACUUGGGCCGUUCCUGCUCGCUCAGAAUCCCCUCACCCCAUCUGUCUCUUUCUCCUAAUUAAAAGCCACUGCAAAGAGAGAUGGGCUGGCUAACCCAUGGGAUUUAGCUUAUAAGAACAAAGCACAAUUUUUUUUCAGGACUGAAAUGCCUUGAGGUGCCUUGGAACUGGCUUUGGAAAUAGCUAUCUGCCCUUUUCGCUAUGGACUCGUCAGCUAUUCCCCCUUUAUAAAAAGGAAAAGCUGAUGGUAUCUAUGUUUCUCUGAGUCUCCUUGGGGGAAGUUGGGCUGGUAAAUAUUUACAAAGUUAGGUUAAGCAGGUAGACAGUUGGAAAUGCUGGCCAGAUCCAAAAAGACAGUCCCAGGCCAUAGAAAUGGCUUGGUGCAAUUGGAACGGGUGAUUAAUCAAGAAAUCUUUCUCCUAUUUAUGUCUUAAGGAUAGACAGCCUGUGUCCCUUGCUGUGCCUCUUGCUGAUGUCUUCCUGUAUUAAGGCUUUGCUGAUGCAUUUGUACAUAGCUUCUUUGUAUAGGUAUAGAUAUAUUAUAUAUACAAAUAUAAAACAUCUCAUUAUACAACCCAAAAGUUACACUGUGGUGGGGAGGUUAUAAUUACAUCUCAGUUUCUCAAAUUGAUUCACCAAAGGCACUUUAUGGGAUGUUCUUUCUGCUCUUUCGGGGAAACCCAGCUACAUAACAAGCACUUAUACCCUGUCUAGGUUUUACAUAGUGUGUGGGGGUUGGAAGGAAGGGUUGGAAGGAGAGAGAAGCUUAAAUAAAUGGUCCUCUGUGACCCUACUGCUAGGCUGUAUGUGUUUCUGGGAGCAGACUGAAUUUCUUUUGCCAUUUUUCCAAUUGCUUGAAAUCUGUUGGCUACAAUAAACACACUGUCUCCCCUGAA